UGGGACUACACCAUCAGAGCACAAGGUCUAGAUAAGCGAAAGGGGGAGAGAGAGAGGGGGACCAGUCACUGGACCAUUUGGACAUUUGUUGCAGAGGUCUUCUUUUUUUCUACAUAUAAUUGCAUCCCUUUCCACAGAGGGAAAGAACAGAUCAGGAGAAGAGGGAACGCCAGGUUGAGGCUGCUGUGCGGCGGGGGUUGAGGGGGUUGAGGGGGGUAGGUCGGAGGUGGUGGGAGAGAAAAAUGCUGCCUUCGCAGGAAGCCUCCAAAAUCUAUCAUGACAAAUACAUGCGCAACUCCAGUGCCAUCGGGGUCCUGUGGGCCAUCUUCACCAUCUGCUUGGCCAUCAUCAACGUGGUGGUCUUCAACCAGCCCUACUGGAUCGGGGACAGCGUCAGCACCCCGCAAGCCGGCUACUUCGGCUUGUUCCACUACUGCGUGGGCAUCGGGAACUCCGACCGGGAGCUCUCAUGCCAGGGCAGCUUCUCAGAGUUCGGCUCCAUCCCGUCGGAAGCCUUCAAGGCGGCCUCCGUCUUCGUGCUGAUGUCCAUGGUGCUCAUCCUCGGCUGCAUCGGCUGCUUCGCCCUCUUCUUCUUCUGUAACACCGCCACGGUCUACAAGACGUGCGCCUGGAUGCAGCUGUUAUGCGCCGUGUGUCUGGUGAUCGGCUGUAUGGUCUUCCCAAACGGCUGGGACUCGGAGGUAAUCCGGGACAUGUGCGGGGAGGACACCGGGAGGUACGCCCUGGGCAAAUGCUCGGUGCGCUGGGCCUACAUCCUGGCCAUCAUCGGCAUCUUGGACGCCCUCAUCCUCUCCUUCCUGGCCUUCGUGCUCAGCAACCGGCAGAGCGACUUCCUGCAGGAGGAGCUGAAGGCUGACAACAAGGAUUUUGCUGUGUCAAGGAUUGAAAUCCGGGACAGCAGGGAUCCAAGAUUUGGAGUCCAGCGGUUCCACUGAGAACCAAACUUUCUCUCCUCCUCUCCCAGCUCCCUCCCUCCCUCCAUCCAGCUCCUGCUCCUCCUCUUAGCUCCAAAGCUUUUCAGGUUAAACCCUCGAUCAUGGGCUCAGAGGCCAAACUCCAGCAGUUUGUAAAAUAGAACUGAAGUGGGAUCACCUGAAAACUCAGUCUGUUGGAAGAGGAAUACGACGAUCAGCUUUAUCAAACUCUGGGAUAAAAUCAUUCAGAACACACAGAGUUUAUGUCUCAUAACAUUGUUAUAAGAAAGCUUAUGAAGUUAUUGAUAAUGACGAUGUGCAGUGGGCAUUCUAUGAAAAUAUACACGUUUUUAUUUAGUGGGGAAAAAAUGUCUUUCCAGCUUUCAAAGCAACAUUAUAAAGUGCGUAUGUGAAAGCACGCAGGUGCUACUUCUGACAAAAGAGAAAAGAAAAAAAAAGAUGAUUUUGUACAGCCACAGAGUCAUUUUCAGAAGUCUUUUUCAGGCCAGUUUUCCACUGCUCUUUGUAUAAGUCUGAUCCCAGGAACUAGGAAAAUAAGACAUGUAUGUAAAUGAGAUGUUUUUAUGUAAACAGGGUAAAAAAAGAUACAUGUCGAAGCAUCGAACAUGAGACAUCCCUGUGAGCUGUGGAAUAGUAAAACCUGUUUCAGUGUGUGUUGCACUUCUCCUUUAACCACUGUGUGUAACCUUGAGCCCCCCGUCAUCCUUCGCUCCACUCUGAGAAAGACGCGGGCUGAGAGGCCUCAGCGGUUUCAUUCAUUCAAAGCUCAAUACAAUCUGGUUUGUCUUAGUUUUUUUGUACGUUUCCUCCCCCCCCGCUCACUGGUCGUGUGCAGUUCUGCUUUAGUUGUGACGUUGGUCACCAGGAAAGGCACUGCAUGCUGCAUACAUCUCGGGCUUGCAAAGACGAGGCUUCAGCCUGGCUCAAGACUCCGGCAGUCUGCUGUACUAUCCAGGCCCGCCAGCUAGAGAGCACACAGCUGAACCUCCAUGUGGAGAGGACGGACCUGGCAGAGACUUUCACCGAGACAACAGACAUCACACACUGUGCCGAUGUUCCCUGCUCUGAAUCAACACAGGUCUCUUUCUAUGGAGUCUGACAGGUGCUUUAAAAUACACACGUUUCAAUUAGAUGUGUUCAUUUUGAAUGGAAUGCUCAAAUCAAUGCAAAGUUCGAAAAACAAGUGAGAAUUACUCAAGCAAGACUAAAAAUACAUCAAAUAUUUCAACUUCACUUUUCUCAAUUCAGAUUCUGCUCUGAAAAACAGACAAGUUCAAAGGAACUCCAACGACAGCGGGCUGUAGUUUCAUGCUGGCACCAAGUAGGGGGACUCGUUUGGUAGCUUCGUGGCUAAAGGCGAAGCUACAGCAUAAUAAGAAGAAUCUGGUGCUGCUCGUGCCACGUUAUUCGCCACUGCCCGCUGUAAUGCUAAUGGUGCGAGUCAAUAUGUCCUUGUGCAACGGCUCUGAUGAUAUCUUACGAAAAGUUAUUAUGUCAGUGUUUUCCUGAAAAGGUUCAGCAACAGCAGUCAGUGCGCCUGUGCAGUGUUUGGGCAACAACUUGGUUAGGUUUAGGAAAAUAUCGUUGUUUGGGUUCAAAUAAGGACGUUAGAAAUGUUUGAUUACAUUUAGGCAAAAAAACUACUUGGUUAGAUUAAGAUCGGGGUUUGGGUUGAAAUGUCUACAGACGUGGCGUUACUUAAGUGAGGUUUCGUGACAAAUAAGUUAACAUUUAGCAUUACAUAAUUCAUUUUUUAACAAAUCUUUUUUUUAAUAAAGUAGUUCACUAAAUUCUGAUCAACAUGAACAAUAUAUUUGCAGACACUCAUUUGCUUCUAUAGUGUCCCCACACUCUCACAUACAUGAGGGCAAAGCACACAAUGAAAAGCAAUGCUGAGGUCAAAGUGGCAGGACUGAGUUCAAACUAGUGUUUUACUGAACAUUUAACAAUUGAUCAGUUUUCUGGUGUUCUCAGGUCGACUUUACUGCAAAGCAAGUAAUUUUCUUGCAAGUUGGAGAAAUGUGCUAGCUCACAUUAGCAUCAAUAGACUAUUCACAUACAUUAUUGGGCAAUGCGCAUUUCUUAAUCUGUGCAAAAUCUUUCUUCCUUGUCAUUUACCAAUCCUGAGAGACACGGCCUUUCAGGAUUGACAGAUCAAAUCUUUAUUAUUGUCUUGGUAGACAAAUACCUGAACGAGUGCAGGGGGCUGGAUUUCACAUGGUCCAGUGAUACAUAAAAAAGGUCUGAGUAUAUAUAUGACAGGAUUCAGAAGAGUUUCUCAGGUCUUACGUUUCCAAUACAGAUCUCUCUCAACUGACUGGUCUGGUCUCAUGGCAUUCUGUGGAAUGAGCACAAUCUUUUAAAUAUAUAAAUAUCGAACAAAAAGUUCGGAAA